GUACACGCUUGGUUUGAUGACUUGCUUUCGUCACAGCUCCGCUGUACUGGGUACUCUGUUUACUACCCAUUUAGUAAGCUCUCUUUUACUGCCGAAGAAUAUCAUCGUAAUAUUCUUUGAACUCCUCUUUCAAGAAAAGGAGCCAGGGCCUAGCUUGACAUUGGCCUGGUUAGCCUUAGUUAAAAUUUAGCUGGAUGGCUAUGGGGUGGUAGUCUGCAGUAACUGCAACAUGUUUUGCCGAGCACAUAUGCUCCUACAAAAGGAGUAUUUUAUGAUGCAGAAGAACCCAAUUUGGGGAAUUGAGGCACAUCCUUGUGGAGAAGACAACUUUCUGGAAUGGACAGCAAAAAUUUCUGGGCUUAAAGACACAGUAUGGGAAAGUGGAAUCUUUGUUGUAAGUUUGCAGUUUUGUGGAAACUAUAAUCAAGUGCCACCAUCUGUUUUUUUCCAUACUAUACCUUUCCAUCCAAAUAUUGAUAUGAAAACUGGUAAGCCCUGCAUUGAUGUACUUCAAUCUGAUCAGUGGUUUACGUCACAUGGAAUACAUCACAUACUUGCGACGCUGCAGGUAAUGUUGUCCAACCCCAUCUUGGAAAAUGCUGUAAAUGACGAAGCUGCUAAUGUUUGCAAGCAAUCACCGGAGCUGUAUCGACAGGUUGUGCAGGACUGCGUGAAUGCUAGUAGGAGAAUUGAUGCUGGCCUUGAUCCCCACAAGAAACAACCAACCAAUGGAGAACAAGAUACUGACCAGCAGCAUGAUGGCCAUGAUUGCCACAAUACACGAACAGACACCGUGUAUCAGCCAGCCCGCCUCUCAUUUGACGACUACCACACAACAUGGAGCGGAAUAGCUACAUCAAAAGCAUCUCCAAAUAUGAAAAACCCACUUCUUGAAGCUAUUCGAGAAAACCAAAAGUUACAGACUGCUCAUUUUGGCUUGCCCAUUGAGGAGUUACAUGAGCACAUGAAAAAACAACUUGAAGAGCACAAUUCUUUAAUGUAUGGAAAAUUUGGGACACUGUCAACCAAAGCAGACAGCAGUAGACAACAACACCUUGAAACAAUUUCAAAAAUGAAGAAGAUAUAUCUGCCUAAGAAAAAAGUUCCUCCUCCAUCAGUGGCAGCAAGUGAAGUAGGAGAACCAUGGGAUAAAGAUGCAGAUGACCUCCUUGAGUGGACCAAUAGUCUGGAUGAAGACAGUUUACAGUAAAUGGACCAAUCACUUGGAUGAAGACCGCUAGUUUGCAUUAAAUGGGCCAAUCACUUGGAGGAAGACUGCUACUUUGCAUGAAAUCAACCAAUCACUUGGAAGAGGACUGUUAGUUUGUAUUAAAUGCCAUGGACCAAUCACCUGGAAGAAGACUGCUAGUUUACAUUAAAUGGAUCAAUCACUUGGAAGAAGACUUACGUUGGAUACGCCAAAGAAUCCCUCAUUUGGGUCUUGAUAUUGAGGAUUGAAUGGACCAAUCAAUUGGAUGAAAAGUUUGUUCUGUAUUAAAUGGACCAAUCAUUUACAGGAAUAUGGUAUACAUUGAAUAAAUAGACCAAUCACAUAGAUGGAUCAAUGACAUAGAUGAAGACAUUUUUGCAUUGAAUGGACAAAUCAUCUGGAUAAAAAUGGUUUAUAUUGAGUAGAACAAAAUACUGGAUAAAAUCUAUUUUUGGUUGUGCCAAUAUACAGUAUUAUGAAGACAGUUUGUGUUGACCAAGCCAAUAUGCUGAGAACACAGUUUGCAUUGGCCAAAUCAAUAUGUUCAAAAAAUAGUUUGCAUUAAAUGUACAAACUAGUGUAGAUAAAGACAUUAAUUUUAUCAUUGUAAUUAUAUUUAUUCAAUUACCUAAACCAAUGGUAAUCCCUGAGAUGUUUAUUUGUAGUGGUAAACUAUAUAGUAUAGAACAUUAGCUAGAUAUACAGUAGUCACAAUGAAAACAAAUGUGUAAUUAUUCAUUGUGGAAAUAAAGAAAAACUAAAAAACUA